GGUUGAGCACUUUUCACCCGAGUGACUUCUCUUCUGUCCGGCUCACCUCCCGCAGCAGCAGCAGCAACAAGUGGACCGGUGCAGAGAACACACACUGUCUGCGGAGGCGACGGUCUCUGGUUCCUCCUGCUCCGAGAUGCGACUGCUUAUCAUCGUCUGUGCUCUGGCAGCAGCUGUGGGCCAGGAGCCGGACUUCAGCCAUGGUUGUGCACAGGGAAGCUGUUACCCAGCGACAGGAAACCUGCUAGUGGGACGCGAGAAGAACCUGAAGGCCUCAUCCACAUGUGGCAUGAGGAAGAAGGAGCCUUACUGCAUUGUUAGCCAUCUGCAGGACGAGAAGAAGUGUUUCGACUGCGACUCCAGACGCCCCUACGAUCCCGUUUACAACACCAUCAAUCACAGGAUUGAGAAUGUAAUAACCACAUUCAAACCCUUUCGCAAGAAGUCCUGGUGGCAGUCGGAGAAUGGAAAGUCUGACGUGUUCCUCCAGCUGGAUCUGGAAGCAGAGUUUCAUUUCACUCAUCUAGUGAUGACAUUCAAGACGUUUCGCCCGGCGGCCAUGUUGAUCGAGCGCUCAGCAGACUUUGGGCGGACCUGGAAAAUCUACCGCUACUUCUCUCACGACUGCGCCUCCAACUUUCCCGAGGUGUCCCAGGGACCUUUACGAAACAUUGAUGAUGUCAUCUGUGAGUCACGGUACUCUGAUAUCGAACCCUCCACUGAAGGAGAGGUCAUCUACCGAGUGUUGGAGCCGGCCAUUAGAAUCGAGGAUCCGUACAGCCCGACCAUUCAGAAUCAACUGAAAAUCACGAAUCUCAGGGUGAACUUCACCAAGCUCCACACACUCGGGGACAACCUGCUGGAUCCCCGACCGGAAAUCAAAGAGAAGUACUACUACGCUAUAUAUGAGCUUGUUGUGCGCGGCAACUGCUUUUGCUAUGGACAUGCCUCGGAGUGCGCCCCUAUCGACGGCAUCAGGAAUGACAUCGAGGGGAUGGUGCAUGGCAGGUGUGUGUGCAACCACAACACCAUGGGCUUGAACUGUGAGCGCUGUGAUGACUUCCAUAAUGAUCUCCCCUGGAGACCGGCCGAGGGCCGCAACAGCAACGCUUGCAAGAAAUGCAACUGUAAUGGCCACGCCAGCAGCUGCCACUUCGACAUGGCGGUCUAUUUGUCGACGGGAAACACCAGUGGAGGAGUGUGUGAUGAGUGCCAGCACAACACCAUGGGACGGAACUGUGAAGCGUGCAAGCCCUUUUACUACAAAGACCCCUUUAAGGACAUCAGAGACCCUGAAGUCUGCAUUGCUUGUGACUGUGACCCAGAUGGUUCCCAGAACGGUGGCAUGUGCGACGGUCAUACUGACCCCUCCCUUGGCAUGGUGGCGGGUCAGUGCCGCUGCAAGGCCCAUGUCGAGGGGCCUCGCUGCGACAAGUGUAAGACCGGCUAUUUUGGCCUGAGUGCUGACAAUCCUCAAGGCUGCCAAGCGUGUCGCUGUGAUCACAGAGGAACCGUGUCAGGUAGCGCUCAGUGUGAUGCCAUCAGUGGAGACUGCUUCUGUAAGCGCCUGGUCACUGGACGCAGCUGUGACCAAUGUCUGGUCGAACAUUGGGCCUUGAGCCAUGACUUGAAUGGCUGCAGGGGCUGUGAGUGCGACAUCGGUGGGGCCAUCGACAACCAGUGCUCGAUGGAGACUGGCCAGUGUCGGUGCCGCUCACACAUGACAGGGCGGCAGUGUACCCAGGUGGAGUCUGGAUACUUCUUCAUGGCUUUGGAUCACUACCUCUAUGAGGCAGAAUUUGCCAAAAUGGGUCAGGGCUGCACGCUGGAGACCCGAGAACACCAAGCAGGCCGACCUGCCACUUGGACGGGUACCGGCUUUGCUCGGGUGCCUGAGGGUGGCACGCUGGACUUUGUAAUUUCUAACAUUCCUUACUCCAUGGAGUAUGACCUGCUUAUCCGCUAUGAGUCCCAGAUGGCCCGGGACUGGGAGGAUGUCCGAGUCACGGUGAUCCGCCCGGGUCCGAUACCUACCAGCAGCCCCUGUGGAAACACCAUUCCAGACGAUGAUAGACUUACCAUUGCUUUACCAGCUGGAGCCAGGUAUUAUGUUCCGCCUCAGCCGGUGUGUCUUGAGAUGGGCGUGACCUAUACCCUUCGCUUUGAAUUCAAGCGCUACCAGGAUGCCAACAGCAUCCUCAAUGGAGGCGCUAACGCCAUUCUUCUUGUGGACUCUAUUGCCUUAAUGCCACGGCACACUUCCAUGGAGAUGUUCAAUGCUGGAGACCUGGCCUCCAACACAAGAAAGCAGACCUAUGAGCGCUACCGCUGCCAUGACCGGGCCAAGAGUGUCAACCGCCCGCACAUGACCGACACCUGCGCCAGACUCCUAACCAGCAUGUCAGCCAUCAUCAACGACGGGGCCUUGCCUUGCCACUGCGACCCCCAGGGCUCCGUUAGCUCUGUGUGUGAUGUACGUGGUGGUCAGUGUCGGUGCAGGUCAAAUGUCAUCGGGUUACGCUGUGACCAGUGCGCUCCUGGGACAUAUGGUUUCGGCCCAUCGGGAUGUUUUCCCUGUGGAUGCAGUGUGGAGGGUUCUGUCAGUCGUCUCUGCGACAAGUUCACGGGUCACUGCCAGUGCCGUCCCGGAGCCUUCGGUCAACAGUGUGACAGGUGUCAAGCAGGUCACUGGGGCUUCCCCAACUGCAGGCCCUGCAUCUGUAAUGGCCACGCCGACGAGUGUGACCAGAGGACAGGAGCUUGCAUCAACUGCAGGGACCACACCGGGGGAGACAAGUGCGACAGGUGUUCCAACGGUUACUAUGGCAACCCUCUUUUGGGCCCUGCAUCCGGUGGCUAUUGUCGUCCGUGCCCGUGUCCGGAAGGACCCAACAGUGGACGUCAUUUUGCUGCAUCUUGUUACCAAGACAACCGAAACAAACAAAUCAUCUGCAACUGUAUCCAGGGUUACACAGGGAUUGUUAAACGUUCCGGGUUGACCAUUUUUGAGCGUUCGCGGUGUGAGGAGUGUGCCCCUGGUUACUUUGGCAACCCAUCUCAGCCGGCGGGGCGCUGCCAGCCUUGCCAGUGCAACAACAACAUCGACAUGUCAGACAUUGGCUCUUGCGACAGACGCACUGGCGAGUGCAGGAAGUGCCUGUACAACACCGAAGGGCCGAGCUGUGGAAUCUGCAAGAGCGGCUACUUCGGAGACGCUUCAAGACGCAACUGCAGGAAGUGUAUCUGUAACUACAUGGGCACCGAGCAAAGCCAAUGUAUGGACCGUCAGGACUGCGUGUGCCAGCGCAGCACAGGUCAGUGCCAAUGUCUACCAAACGUUAUUGGACUGACCUGCGACCACUGCGCUCCCAACCACUGGAAUAUGGCCAGCGGGAGGGGCUGCGAACCCUGUGGCUGUGACCCCAACAACUCUGUCACCUCCUCUUGCAAUGAGUUUACCGGCAAGUGUCAAUGCAGGGAUGGAUUUGGAGGGCAGACGUGCACGGACUGCCAGGAGAACUACUGGGGGGACCCCAGGAUUCAGUGCAGAGCCUGUGACUGCGACUGGCGUGGUAUUGCCGACCCUCAGUGCAACCGCGUGACUGGUCACUGUGUUUGCCAGCAAGGCGUGUCCGGCGUCCGCUGCGACCAGUGUGCCAGAGGUUUCUCUGGCCAGUUCCCCAACUGCCAGCCGUGCCAUCAGUGCUUUGGAGACUGGGACCGUAUAGUUCAGGAUCUGGCGGUGCGCACUAAUACUCUGGCCACACGUGCCAAUGAGAUCCAGAGCACCGGACUUAUCGGACCAUAUGAGAAGGCCUUUAAAGAGUUGGAAGAGAAACUGGCCCGAGCACGGAGCAUUGUCAACGCACGUAAUGCAACGGCGGCAGCUAUUGCCACCCUGAUGGAGCUGAUUGAAGAUCUGAGAGGUCAGAUUGGGGAGACCACCGACACGCUCAACCAUCUGGAGGGAGACCUCACCAUCGUGCAGGACAGUAACUCUGAUGCCAGCAAAGACCUCAGUGCUCUUGAGAGGGAAGCCAAAGAACUGAACCUCACAUCCGAGCAGCUGCACCGACAACUGGACAUCCUGAAGAACUCCAACUUCCUCGGUGCGUAUGACAGCAUCAGAACCUCUUACAACACGUCACGAGAUGCGGAGCGCCGUGCCAAUGAAUCGACCGUCAACCAGCCCAGCACUGUCAGUCAGUCCGCUGACACCCGCCGGCGCACAGAACGUCUAAUCGCUGCCAAAAAGGAUGACUUCAACCGCAAAAAUGCUGCCAACAAACGCUCACUUGGAGAGCUCAACGCCAAGGUGCAGGGUCUGGACAUGAGGAAAAUCAAUGAGAAGGUCUGUGGAGCCCCUGGUGAUGCAGCAUGUGGGGAAAGCCCCUGCGGAGGAGCAGGUUGCCGAGACGACGAAGGGAACCGUCACUGUGGAGGCCUGAACUGUAACGGCGCUGUCGCCGCGGCUGAUAACGCACUGGAGAAAGCCAAACACGCAGAGGUGGAACUGAACAAGGCGAUGGGAGAGGUGGAGGCACUGUUCACCAAGGUUGCAGAGGCUAAGAGCAAAGCUGAGGAAGCGAAGAGCAAAGCGAAAGCAGCGCUGGACAGAGCCAAAGCGAGCAAAAACAAGGUGGAACGCUCCAACAAUGACCUGAGGGACCUCAUCAAACAAGUCAGAGAAUUCCUGACCCAGGAGGGCGCUGACCCUGACAGCAUUGAAGCUGUGGCCAACCGUGUGCUGGAGCUCUCCAUCCCGGCCUCACCUCUUCAGAUCAGACAUCUUGCGGAUGAAAUUAAAGAACGGGUGCAAAGCCUUUCUAAUGUGGACACGAUCCUGGCGAAGACGCAGGAUGACGUCCGCAGGGCGGAGCAGCUGCUGCUGGAUGCCAAGAGGGCCAGGCACAGUGCUGAGGGAGCCAAGACCACAGCAGAGCUGGUGAAAAAAGCUCUGCUGGAUGCCAAAACUGCACAGACGUCAGCAGAGAAGGCAAUAGCUAAAGCCAGGGGGGAUAUUGGUGAAACAGAGAACCGCAUUGCACAGAUUGAGUCAGAGACGUCGAAGGGGGAAACAGACCUGAAUGAUGCCAUGGGUCGCUUGGACAAGCUUGGUCAGGAAGUCACUGCGCUGAAGACCAAGCGUGCGAGCAACAGCAUGGCUGCAGCAAGGGCUGAAGAAACGGCCACUAUGGCACGAGACAAGGCAACCGAAGCCAAACAGAUCCUUGAAGGCCAGCUGACGGAUAAAUAUCAUGAGGUGAAGCAGCGAGUUGGCACCAAAGCUAAGGCUGUCCAGGAAGCCAAGAAAAAGGCGGAGAGUCUGAGGGAUGAAGCUAAACAGCUGCUUAAAGAUGCCCAGGACAAGCUGCAGAAGCUCGCAGACCUGGAGAAAAACUAUGAAGACAAUCAGAAGAGGCUGGAGGGGAAAGCCCGCCAGCUGGACGGCUUGGAGGACAAGAUGAAAGCCAUCCUGGGUGACAUCAACAAACAAAUCCAAAUAUACAACACGUGUCAGUAACUGGGCAGCUAGUUAUCACGAAGGCGCACGGUUGCUCUCUGAUCACCUGGCAGGCCAAAGCAACCUCCGAAUGUUGAGUGUUUAGUUUUAAAAGAAAAAGCCGUAUAUUCUGUAUAUCCGCACUAAUAAGAAUGUGACUCACUGACUGAAUCGUGAGGUGGUGAAUUUGCAGCUGUUUCGUCGGCUGUGCAGGGAACAGCGACACCAAAACACUGAGCUAAGUUGAAACAAACCUAAAACUGAAACCUGGUUAAUUCUAUCAUCAAAAUCACAAUGUAGUUUGGUUUUGAAGACUUUUUCAAGCCAUGUUGAGUCUGUGUGUUAUGUUGAGCCUUUCACAACAUAGUCUCCCAUUGUAGCGAUGUGGGUGAAACAAGGGUUGAAGAAAAAUCAAUGCAACUCCACUUUUUUUUAUUUCACUCUAUGAGCUGAGUUAGUUGUUGUGUCACAUGCUCACUUAUAGUCAGAACAGGUGCGACCACAGCAUCUGGGCUGGUCCCUAUGAUGAAGUGAACUUCAGACUGUCCAGUAAAAUUCCAAAACAAACACGUCUGGAUCAUGCUCCAUGUAUGUUCUGUUGGAAUUUGAACUUUGUAUUGACCCAAUUUGAUGCAACACUGCUGAGCAUCACACCACUGAAGAGUGACUUUUUGUUUAUUAAAGCCUGUUGGAAGCUCACACUUGAAAUAAUUGUGGAGGUUUCUUUCAAAAUGCUUUUAUACUCACUCAAUGUCGUAGUAAGGUUGCAGGACAACCACAGGACGCCAUCAUGCCUCAGCAAAAGCAUAAAACGCUGUCAAAAACUGGGAAUCUUCUCUCUAGAAGUAGUCCUUCUGCAAUUGUGGCAGUCACAAAGUUGAAUUUACUGACUCAUUGUGACAGCUGAAUUUACAAUGGUUCUCAAUGGUUCUCAUCUAUUACCAAAGCAGCUACAAUAUAACUCGAGCCAAAGAAGAAAAUCAUGUUUAAGUGUACAAUUUUGUGAAUA